AUGGCCACAGCCAAGGUCGUGUCGGGCCCCGUGCCUCCGGGCCCUGGGAAAGGCGACGUCCUGCAAGGGCCGCGCACGGUGCGCCGCAACGCCUUCAUCCUUAGCGUCAGCCUCCUCUUUCUCAUCAACGUGCUUUGCAUGCCCAUGAAAGCAUACCUCUCGGAAGAUGUGCCGUGGGGGCCUCUGAUCGAGCGCCCCAUUUUUCCCAACUACUCGAGCUUCAAUGCGACGAUUCUGGACAAGUACCGAACCGAGUACGCCUUCUCGCGGCUCCCCAACACGAGUACGUACUUUAGCGAUGCGUCAAGCGACGUUCAGGUCGUGCGUCUCGCUUUGGACCUCAACGCCCACGUGUCGGUCGCCGUCGAGGACUGUGUCGGCUCGUUUCUUCGCGGUAUGCCUGGGGUGGUCUACUUCACCUCGUCCGUGCGGAAUCUCCUCUGCGAGCUCGGUGCAACUGCCAGCGUGCAGCCGGCGCAGUGGCACAACAGAGGUCUCUGUGUCUACGACAUGUACUUCACCAUCAACUUGGGCCAUCAAUGCGUCUGGCUCGAAUUCGACCCGGCGCAACCAGACACGCUUGUCGUCGUGAGUGCCCUUGCCAUGUACACGACGUAUGUAUGGCGCUGGUUCAAGUUCAUUUUCCGGAUUCUGGUGACGCUGCGCAUUCUACAUGUCGUUUGGACCGACUACUAUCUCCACUGCUACGCGCUGGAGCACGUGUUGGCGACGCGCGGGCACUUGGCCACAAUGCCCGACGGUGACUGGAGCUACGAGGUGCUCUGGGGGGAUCCAACUGCGUUUGUGCUGCUGCACCCGGGCAUCGCUCUGGCCUUUGUUAUCGACUAUUGGCUCAGCGUCGACGUCGUCACGGUCGUGAUUGUGCGCGCCAGCCAGAACGACGACAUCAUUGUCAUGUGGACGGCAUUUCUGUACCUCUCGCGGACCGUCUGGUUUGCGUAUGCCGCCAUGGGCCUCACCUCGUAUGUGCUCAAGCGCUGGCACAAGGAACGUUUGUUUGCCGAAGUCGACUUGACGCUUGUCGCGAUUGGCGCCACUUUUCUUGAAGCGCUCGUGCCAGCUGCGGAAAAAGGCCAGGAAUUCGAAGGAUGCUUGUCGUCGCUCGUGUACACACUCAUGCUGGCGUCGAUGCCCAUCAUGUAUGGCUUCAUCCAGCCGCUCCUGCGUCGUCGUACGUCGACGAUACAGCUCGUGCCGACCACUCACUCAGGCACGGUGGACCCGGCGCGCUAUAGCAGUUUUCUCUACAACGGAUUCAAAACGCGCCUUGUGUUUACCGCACUGCACCGCUGGACGCGCGACUACCGGGCGGGCAUUCCAUCUGUCGGUGGCUCGAUCUACACGCUCUUUGACUUGGACGCUCGCUACAAGCAGUACCCGACGACCCGCUUUCGCGGCCCUGAUGUAUUUGUGCACUGCUACUGCAACGGCAAGCUGGUCGAGAUCCUUCGCUUGAGCCUCCUCGUUGCUUUCGACCGAAAUGUCAGCACGCCAGAAAUGGCGAUCGCAACGAGCGACCAGCCAUCGCCCUAUACGAACUGGGGUCGACCAACUUUCACCGAGUACAACACCUCGACGCUCCCCACGUUUGGUACGGCGUCCAGCGCGCAGACGUUGUCGGCGGGCACGGCAUUUAUCAACGACGAACGCCUGCUCGUGCGCGAAGUGAUUGGCAUAGCGUCGCACACACCCGUGGCGGCCGACACGUGCCGCCACUUCCUCGUCGACUGCGACUUCAUCAAGGACGUGUGGAGCACGCUUCACGCCGUCACGGUCCCUUUGGGCGUGACGUUGCCGACUAUGCUAUCCGGCUACCUCUACUCGACGCCCAAGACGGCGUCCAACAUGCACCAAGCCGCGUUCCGCUACCUCUGGCCCGUGCUCCGCGCCUGCGUCUGGUUCAACGUCUGGCGAGUCCGGAACGACCGCGUCUUCCGCGCCGACCUCUCGCUGCUAAGUCCAUGGACGAUUGCCGUCAAGGCGGCACGCGUCGCUCAACUGCACUUGCACCACAGCCUCGUCCAAGAGCCCGAGCAACCUGCUCUUCGUCGACUUCUCCAGCUCCUCGCCCAACACAAGUGGCCGCGACGUCACCUCAUUCCGCGGAUCGCGCUCCUGCCUCCGCCUGCCUAA